AUGUCAAUGGCGAACGGCACCCGGCAAGAGGGCGCUGAAAACCAUGUGUUGAGCGUGCUCAACGUCACGAAAAUUCAUGGGGUUGAAAGUACAGAGGGUACCACCAGAGGCUUUGUGCAUGUCGAUGAGCUCCUGAAGUCGAUGAUUGGUGGACAGAGUGUGCAAGCUUGA